AUGGCGGAUAACCAGCCACUGUUAAAUAGUUCAGAACAAACGAAGCUCCCGAGUCGUGAAGAUAAAGUAUUUAAUUACAUAUUCAAAGUGAUGCAUUACUUGCGAUAUGCAAUUAUUGUUUUUUGGUUGGUGUGUGCCUUAGGGUUCUGUUACCCUGCACUGAAAUUUCUAGGAUCAACAUCACUCUUUGUCGAACCACCAGAAGGAACACUGGCUUACGAAGCAAAUUCAGUUGUCUUGGAGAAAUUUCCCGACUCUUUUAAAGUGGGGAAAAAUGUCAUAGCAAUCAAAACCAAAGAUGGAAGCAAUGUUAUCACGAACUAUACAGAAGACUUUUCGUUGUCAAUGAAGACGUGGAUGGACCAACAAAAGAUCAUUGUGAGUUACUCUGGUUACUAUUUGUUGCCAACUUUAAACUCGUCGAUUGAUCAAGAGAUAUUGGACAUUGCGAAGAAACAGUUUGUUGGAGAAAAGGGGGACAUUACUAUGAUUAUGGUCAAUAUAGAUGACAGAGAUGGGUCUGCUAUUCCCCCGUUUAUUAAAAAUUUGAGAAAAGAGAUGGAGAGACUCAACACUGACAGCAAUUACUAUACAGGUGUGACUGGGUUUGAGGCAGGAAGUGUUGAUUUGCAAGAUGAAGUGAUGGUUUCCUUGCUUAAGAUGGACGUUUCUGUUAUUCCUAUUGCAUUUUUGGUGUUGUUAUGGGUAUUGAAGAGUUUAACUUUGAUGAUUAUACCUUUGUGUACUAUAUCAGUAUCUUUCGCAGUGUCAUUUGGUAUCAUGUAUCCCAUUACAUUUGCCAUUGAUAUUUACGGUGUUGCACCCGCACUUAUGAUGAGUUGUAUCUGUGCAAUGAGUAUAGAUUAUAGUUUGUUCCUCCUCACACGGUUUACAGAAGAGACUGUUGGAAAACACGACUCUUACACUGCAAUUAAAAACAUGUUACAACAUUCUGGGAGAAUUAUUGCAACAUCUGGUGGUUUGUUGACGCUGUGUUUUGUUUCGUUGUGUUUCUUCCCCCUUGAUGUUGUUAUAACACUUGGAAUGAGUGCUGCGAUAUCCAUAUUCAUUACUAUUAUUGUAAACCUGACUUUGACACCGUCUAUUCUCUCAAUCUUCCCCAAGUUUUUCGCCAGACGAGGGUUUAUACCAUGUAUCAAAAAGUGUCGUGUGUGGGUUGAAAACAAGGAAGGCUCAUACGACAGCAAGAAAUCCCUUUGGCACAAAUUUGCAUUGUUUAUUUCAAACAAGUGGUAUUCACUAAUUGUCAUCGUUGUCGUCAUUUGCUUGAUAAUUCCAUUUUGUGUAUUUAUCAAAGACUUUUCGUGGAAUGAGGAAGACAACGAGAUUAUUCCAGCCGCAAGUGAUUCAAUGGUAACGCGCUCUUAUAUAUUAAACGAGUAUCCGGAAGGUGUUAUAUAUCCGUACGAACUUGUCAUUACAGCGAAAACGGAUAUUGACGUAUUCAGUACACAAUAUGAAAAGUUGACAACUGACUUAAUGGACGCCUUUACUCAAUAUCCAGAUUACUUUUCAAACACAUCGUACACCUGUAUCAAUUAUUUUGGCGGACACACUGUAUCUGGACGAGCAAUGAAGUGGUUAUACAACGACGAUUUGUACAAGUGGUUUUUUGACAAGAGUGUUUCUCCAGAUAAGACGACAACCAGAUGCACUUUUAUUCCUUUAUUCAAUCCCAAAGAACAGUCUGAUGAACGUCUCGAAUUUGUGAGAAGUAUUAUUGACAACGUGACACAACAUAAUACGGAUUACAAUGUGUAUGUGAGAGGGUUUGAAGUGGAUAUUUCUGAUUCCAUAGUCAUAUGUUUCAAAUAUUUCCCAAUUAUCGUUGUCGUGUUGUUUUGCAUUGUUUUGAUUAUAACUAGCAUUAGUUUUCAAUCACUUAUUGUACCUUUACGUGUAGUAUUUUCAACUGUGACCACCGUGUUGUGGACAUACGGGUUUGCGUCUUUUGUGUUCUGCAAUGAUUACUUUGACUGGACGGCAGAUAUCAUGGCGGAUUCCAUUGGACUCUAUUGGGUUGUUCCUGUCAUCACAUUCCCUAUUAUCAUUGGACUCUCUUCUGACUAUGAUGUUUUCUUGUUUUCACGUAUUAUGGAAUUGCGAAGAAAAGGUUUAUCGACCAAAUUGAGUGUCAUUGCUGGUGUUGAGAAAGCCGGGUACUUAAUCUCUUACGCUGGCAUUAUCAUGGCUGUUGCAUUCUCUGGACUCUUCUUAAGUAACGUUUUGAUGUUGAACCAAUUUGCGUUCAUUUUGAUGUUCAGUGUGCUAUUGGAUACAUUUGUAGUAAGAUCGUUAUUACUUCCGGCCUUUGUGAAUAUCCUUGGAGAACUCAAUUGGUUUCCGCGGAAGUACAAAAUUGUCACCAGUGAUUAUGACGAGUAUUACCGCAAUGAACAAAUUGAAGAAGAUAAGAAGAAAGAGAGAAACGAAACGCUGUACUAUGCUUCUCUCCCUUCAAAUAGAGGACUUAAUACAGACGAAGAAAGCAACAAUGGUAUUCCACCAUCUCUUACAAACGCAACUGAAGUGCCCGAGCCAGACACCCAAGUUGAACAAGGCGAUUAUGUGAAAAUAGAAGACACCAUUGAACCUGUCGAAGGUCCUGCUCAUAACUGA